AUGGAUUCGGAAGCAGACCUUGGGCGCCACUUUUACCUGAACAAGGUGCUUGAACAAUGGGCAGCCAAGCCGGCUACACGCAUGACGCUUCGUCAGCUCAUCUUCUUUGGUCGCACCCUCGGUCGAGAUCGAGAGAAGAUCCUCAAAUCCGCCAACUACGUUCGCACCGAACUGCCAGUUCGAAUCGCGCACCGUAUUCGUGAUCUCCAAGCACUUCCGUUUGUGGUCAUGACAAACCAGCACCUCGAAGACGUCUAUCAAAAAUACUGGUCCGCUUUCGAGACGUUCCGUCGGUUCCCGCACAUCAAGACAAUGGACGAUAACGAAAGGUUCUGCAAUUUGCUGAGGCGCUUGCUGGAUGAUCAUCUGACCAUCAUUCCAAGCCUGACCAUCGGCAUCGUGGAAAGUUCGCACCAUCUUGGAGCAAAGCAGCUGGAUAAGUUCAUGGAGCGCAUGCUGAGAAGUCGCAUAUCCAGACGCGUGCUCGCUGAACAACAUAUCGCCUUGAGCGAGGCAUUGGACGAUCCAUUCCAUUUCUUCAACGAGCCUGUACGCAGAACCGAGGGUGAAGAAGACUCGGAAUCGCACGCUAGUACGGACGAAGUCGGUGACCAUGUUGGCAUUAUUUACACUCGGCUCAGCGUAGCAAGCGUGGUCAACAAGGGCAUCAAGCUUCUGACACAGAUGUUUACCAAUGUACAGGGGGUGGGGAAGCAUCGGAUACCAGAGGUCAAGGUGGAUGGUGACUUGAAGGCGAGGUUUGCGUACAUUCCAGAGCAUCUGGAGUACAUUGUUUUCGAGUUGCUCAAGAACGCGAUUCGCGCGACCAUCAGGAAGCACGCUCCAGAGCAGCAGACGGGUGUGGUGAGGGUGACAAUUGUCGAAGGGCCGCCAGAGGAAGAUUUGAUCAUCAGGAUCAGCGAUUCAGGCGGUGGGCUGCCGGAUUUGAUGACUCAGCUGUCGUCGCCUUCGCGUUCUGGAGCAGCGGCGGCGAUGAAGCCGACUGCUGCGACACCGAUGUUUGCCAGUGGUGCAGCGGGAGGGGUAGCAAACAAUGUGGCUGCUGAGCCAAGUCUGCAAAUGGAUGCGCAGUAUCCCAUCCCUUUCCCUGACACAGGUCACAUUGGUGGCUAUCCGCCGCGUGGAUCUCGAGCGCGCCUACUACACCGCGACGAUGAGACGAUCCCAGUGACACUGUCCGACGACACCAUGGCAGGAACGAUGCAAGUCGACGUCUCAUCGUUCUACGCUGAACCAUGGGCACAAGACUCGCUGCCCUCGUCGCGCACGUGGUCUGCACGUGGAGGCGUUGGUUCGGCUGGCGGAACAGGCGGAUCGACACCUCCGAACGAGUUCGGCACGGUUGGUACAUCUACCACUAGCACGCAAGGCUACUCUGAUCCACUCAUCGAUGCUCUGUGUUCGUUUAGCAAUGUACGCAAGCGUCUCGAGAUUGAAGCGCGCCUCAGAGGUGCUUCACAGGACUCGACCGCGUCUGCCAACUAUGGGCUUUCCUCCACCGCCCCACAUGCUUCCUGCUCUUCGGCCACAACAAGCGCUGCAGCAGACCUCAACUCUGCAGGCCUCGGCACACGAGAUCGAUUCGACGCGCUCAAGUCGAUCGGAAAAUUCAAAGGGACCGUCACAGAACAAGUAGCCAAGCCUUCCACUUCGAACCGCAAACCGCUCGCCAUGGAGGGAACAGGCCCCGCCGCUCUGCACACAGUCCACGUCGAGACAGGCCUCGGAUUGCCCAUGGCCAAAGUGUACUGCGACUUCUUUGGCGGGAGCUUGAGUUUCCGAAGUUUGGACGGUCACUCUACCGAUAUAUACGUGAGGUUGCCAAAGUUGGGCACGAACAAGGAGACAAUUGAAGAGAUUGUCUUGUAG